UCAGUCGAGCAUGCUGCCACUACAAGUCGCCUUACCACUACGGCACGGCACGGCACGCAGUCGGCCAGUUAAACUUCGACGCAGAGCAAGACAAGAAGACUGACGACUGUGACGCGACAGAUUUCUAACCCCACAUCCAUAUAGCCACUAGUAAUAAUAAAGUUAGAAUAGAACGAGUAUCGCGCGCGGUGAUAUAAGUGCGAUAAGGUAUACGAAAAGUAAAUUCCGUAACACCGUGCGUUAUCAAAUUGAGGCCGUUGUGUUGGAAAUCGAGUGUGCUUGAAUUGAAUGGCGCUAUUUGUGAUAUGGAAUGCUAAAUAGUUCUAGCAUGCAGAGGCUAAGAUUGUCGAAAUAGAUAAGUGAGCAAAUGGUUGAAUGAAUCAAUGCAGCUGUUCCGUGCCCUAAAGAGGGUUUAUGUUCAAGAAAGGCCUACAAUUUGCAAGCACACUUGAAAUACGAACGCACAGAAUGGCGGAUCAUAACGAGGACGAGAUGAAGCACUGCUACGAGAACCUGAUCGUGGUAGAUGUAGGCGCUAAUCUAACCAACAAAAAGUACAUUCGUGACCUGGACUCAGUGAUACAGCGCGCAAAAGAUUCGGGUGUGCAGAAAGUUAUGGUACCAGGAACGUCUGUCAAGUCCAGUAAAGAGGCGCUCCGCCUGACACGCAUCUACCCCGGAAUUAUAUACUCAACCGCAGGAAUCCACCCGCACGAUUCGAAAUCAAUCAUCGAGGAACCGAGUACAUGGCACGACUUUGAAGUGAUUGCUGGUGCUCCAGAAUGUGUCGCCAUCGGUCCCUGCGGAUUGGACUAUCAGCGAGAUUUUAGCGAACCGUGCACACAGAAAGACAUUUUCGAACGACAACUGAAGCUUGCAUGCAAUCUACAGAAACCGAUUCUGAUACACGAACGAUCUGCCCAGGAGGAUGUGUUGGAAAUACUUUCGAAAUUUCAACCUACACCACAGAUCAUCAUCAGAGGUUUCAUGGGUACCAUAGAGGAAGCACUCAAAUAUUUACAGCGAGAUUACUACAUAUCUCUGACCGGAUAUUUAUGCAAGGAUAAAUCCGAUACUGGCGUCCGCAAGCUUCUUGAGGAUGGCCGGCUACCGUUGGAGCGCCUACUGGUGGAAACCGAUUCGCCCUUUAUGUAUCCUAAUACUCGAGCUUCCAAACUGCCUCAACAUGUGAAAACUGGACUGACCGAGAGAUCCCUGCUUUACUUGCAUCGAUAUUGUACCUUCCAGCGUAACGAACCCUGCAGCUUGCCGGCUAUUGUGGAGAUGAUCGCAGCGUUCAUGAACAAAAAACCCGAAGACGUGGGCCUAGCAACGGCGUUCAACGCCCUUAAACUGUUUGGAUUAUCGCAAUGAUGGGAGACAAUUUAAACAAAACGAAAACGAUUUCAUUUCUAAUGCGACGAAUGGUAAAUAUGUUAUCAUAACUAAUUUUAAUUCAGUUCUUUUUAUGUACCCAUAAAACGAUUGUUAAGUUGGAUCAAUAUGAGUCUUGCCUGAUGUUAGUUAUCAAGAUCACCUGGAACCCUAGUGUUACUGUUUAGUUGAUGGAUCCAAAAUUUGCUCCAAGAGCUUUUAUAAUGUUACGACAUCCUGUCAAAUUGUUUUGUUCGACACAUUUAGAGUUAUUUAACGGUAGCUGUAGUUAUAAACUUCGACAGACAAGUGUUAACUGAAUUUAACUGUUCUAUAUGUGAAGUGAAAGACUGAAGAUACUAAAAUCAGUGGUUAGGAAUUGUCAACCAAGAUAUAUACCAGUUCUAAUCUCGCAAGAAUUAGAUAAUCAACGAAUAUUAAACAGAAUACAUUUUGAAAUCGUCGUUCGUCCCACAAGAAACAGCACUCGAGCAGGGAACAAUCUCAGUAGAAUUAUUAGAACAAAUAUAACACAUUCCGUGUUGUAAACAGCAGUUUCUUGAGAGGCGACCGAAUUUGCAAAUGCUACUCAAAACUUAGACGGCCGAUUAUCGAAAGUUUGUACAACUUAUCAUUUUCCCGGAUGUUGCUUUGCCAGAUGGCUGCAAUUGUUAUGUAGAUCAGAGUGCUCUCAUUUGCUAGCAUAUUUAUUAGAAUGCGAAAUAAAAUGUAAAAGUUGGAAAAAUUGUUGUUCAUUAAGUUAUACGUACAUGUAUUGCAAGUGAAAAAUAUAAAAAGUAAAUAAUUUCUAGCAAGAAAAGUGCCAUAAGAUAGUCCACCAGUGUAAAGGACGAAUUUGCAUAUGAUAUGUGACACCCUGUAUUCAUCAUGUAAUUAGUGAGAUUGAAAUAAAGGUAUAUUUUUAUAAAAAAUG